AUGGGAGUUGGACGGCAACCCGAAGCGAACGUUACUGGUGGAGGCGAUGCUCUGACGCAUCACGAGCUGAUUGCUCGGUUCGACAAGGAUAAGGAGAGCACCCGCGGGGAUUCCAACAAUUGGAACAAGGGAUCGCACAUCAUGUCGGGAAAUCACGAUCGGCUGGGAACAAUCAUCGUGGAGAGGCGCCCCUGGGAGGCUCAUGGCUUCAUCUCCACGAGCCGCGUGCGUUUCAUCCUUUUCAAUGGUGGUGGUGAACUGGACAUUAUUCAAGAGAGCUCGAAUGCCACGCCAGGAGCACAGGGCCAUUCCCGAUGGCCGUUCCUACACUGUAUUGCACCACGGAACAUGUACGCUACGACGGCACAUCCCCUUCGGCGAGUGAACCUACCUAUGAAUUGGAAAUUCUGCUGUGUGCAAUGCAACAAUAGCAACCACAAUGGCACAACCCUUGACCCAAAUGGAAGCGGAAGAAGCAGCUGUGCAUUCCGGCUGAUCUCAGACUUGGCAUCUGAGAGAGUGACCCGGGGACGUGUAGAGCCUAACCGAGAGCAACAAUUGUGUUGGUGGUCAGGACUCAAGCUGGAUCUUCCUCAGCCGCUCCUGGGACCAUGUGGUGGCAUUAUGGAUAACGGAGUAUAUCCUCAAAACGGUCGACGCAUGGACAGGGGCCGAGAUGAUCAGGGAGUCUACACACAUUACGUCCGAAUCCGUAGCGCGUCCAGUGUGACAGUUCCCGUUCUGGCCACGCCUUGUACUGCUUUUGGAAAAGCCUGUCCUCUUGAUUGA